AUGCCCAAAACCAUGAACCACCACCAAUCCGUUCUUCCUUCCAUUUUGCUCACACUCUCUUGCUUCUUCCUCUCUUCCUCCUCCGUCUACAGUUCCGGGGGCGGUGGCAACACCCCGAAACCCGUAAGGAGAGAAGUGUACGGCAAUGGGAGAAUCUUUGACAUCACCCACAGGUACACACCGGACCUUCCUUUCUAUGGUUCCAAGAAUGGGAUCGGCCACUUCCUGUGGCUCCAGCUCAGCAUGAAGAAUGCUUCUCUCACCAACAACUCUGAGUUCGACCUGCCUGCCCACACUGGAACCCAUGUUGAUGCCCCUGGCCAUGUUUUUGAUGACUACUUUGACGCAGGGUUUGAUGUUGAUCAGCUUGACCUGGAUGUCCUCAAUGCUGAAGUUAUGAAGUACUUAAAUAUUCCCAAGGGUACACGCCGGGUCCUUUUCAAGACAUUGAAUACUGACAGGCGGCUUAUGCAUCGAAAGGAAUUCGACUCGAGCUUUGUGGGAUUCACGGAGGAUGGAGCAAAAUGGGUAGUAGACAACACAGACAUCAAACUUGUUGGAACUGAUUACUUUUCCAUUGCCACCUAUGAUGAAGCAAUUCCGGCUCAUGUUGCCUUUCUCAGAGGCAGGGAAAUCAUUCCUGUGGAAGGCCUAAAGCUUGACGACAUCCAACCCGGAAACUAUUCUGUGCAUUGCUUGCCUCUAAGGUUGCUUGGUGCUGAAGGAGCACCAACAAGAUGCAUCCUCAUCAAAUAAGAUGAUCCUUGAGCAGAGAGAUAGUCUCCAGAGGUGUUGAAAGGAAUAAAGAAGCAGUACAAAAGUUAGGGAUAUUGCUCCUAAUCUUGUGGUUAGUAUGUAGAGGUGGCCCUUGUAUAUGGCAUCUAGCUAGACCUUAUUGUACUGCUCAUGAUUCAGAGUCCAACAAAACUUCUUUUUCAACUUAGAUUAAAAGAAAAAAGCAGAAAAGGUGGCAUAAGAAUUGAUUAUAUGGAGA